CAUUUCACGUUUGUGUGCAGCCACACUCGCCGUCAGUGGGUGCACUUGACUCGGUUGUGAAUUCAAAGUCUUUUUCUUUUUUGUUUCAAUUGUUCUCGACAUUAUGAAAUUCACGCGAUUGAGUUUGGCGAAAAAAAUUAUUUUAGUGGCAAUCGCAAUCGUUUUCUUCCUGGCCGCUUUGAUUCGUCGUGAUGGCGGCCGUACGUCGCCACUGCCCAAUCAAUUCGAUUCAAUCAGUUUCCAGCCCAUCAGAGAAACUAGGGAGACGAGACAAGUGGAAAAGGUCCAGGUGAAAAGCCAACCGAAAAUCGUCCUGUACUGGAACACAUUUUACAAUCAAACGGACAUGACGUUCGGAUUCGGACGGCAGCCGUUCGUCGAUGCCGGAUGCGAAAUCAGCAACUGCAUCGCCACCAACGACCGCAGUUUAUUCAAUCGCAGCGACGGGGUCAUCAUUCACGCCGGCGAUUAUUUAGAACACGACCUGCCCACUUAUCGAUUACCUCAUCAGCGGUUCAUUAUGCUUCUCUUCGAAACGCUUCCAGGUGGUUACCACCUACCAUUUUUCGCUCAGCCGCAUUUCUACAACUGGACAAUGACGCACAGGAGAGACUCGGAUGUUUACCUGAGCAAAUCAUACGGGGCAUUAAGACGGCGCAAGGAUAAGCAAAUUGUCAACCAACUUCCACCCAAGUUAACGGCCGGCGAACGUCCGCCGAAACCGGAAGAUUUGUUCACUCGGAAAUAUCCGGAAUUGGCCAAAAGGACAAAGUUGAUGGCCUGGUUCAAUUCGCAUUGCCCAACUCACAGCCAACGGGAAGAUUACGUCAAGAAAUUGGCCGAAUUUAUUCCGGUGGACAUUUACGGCAAAUGCGGAUCGCUCGAGUGUUUGCCCUACAACGAUCCUCGCUGCGACACAAAAGUCCUGGUGAAUUAUCGAUUUUAUUUGGCGGCUGAGAAUUCCCUGUGCCCCGAUUACGUCACGGAAAAGUUUUACCGGGCGCUGAUGAACGACAUCGUCCCCGUCGUGUUCGGCGGAGCUGAUUACGCCCAAUACGCCCCGCCCAAUUCUUACGUCAACAUCGCCGAUUUCAAAUCGCCAAAAGAACUGGCCGAGUACCUGCUCCUCCUGGCCAACAACGACGCCCUGUACAGCAAAUAUUUCGACUGGAAAAAAGAUUACGAGGUGAUACGAAAACCGUUGAAUGGUUGGUGUGAUUUAUGCGCCAAAUUAAACGAUCCAAUGUUGGCCAGUAAAAGUUACGCAAGUGUGGCUAAAUGGUGGUACGAUGACUCCCCUUGUUUGCCAGGAUCGUCUUACAUCACUUCACUAAUCAGAUCAUUAUAAGUUAUUUUAAUUUUUAAUUUCUAAUUGAAUUAUUCCCUGUGAGUGAAUAUCAGUCAUGCACAUAAUUCUAAAUACACUGGUUAACAUUUG